UGUUUAAAGGCGAAUUUGCCCAAUGCCGAGGACAGAAUAAGGAUGCGUGGGGUUUUUAUGUAUCAUCGUGAGUUUUACCGGACAUUUGCAUAUUGGGUCUAAGGUUUAUCGCAGAAUAUAGGCGCUUUGCUGCCUGCCUACCCUACGAACAGGUCGUCGAAAGAAUGAGCACAUUGCGUAGGUAUUCCAGGUCGCCAAGACAGGAAUAUUGGAGGCGUCUGAGCAGAGUAUGAUCUGCUACUCCUUGCUAAGUGAAAAUACCUCCAUUUGGACUGACGUGAGGAUCCUUAUAGGAGGGUUGAGAAAUAUUGCUGAGUGUUUAUCAGCUCUUUGUUGGACGUGGACUUCUGCCAGCAUUUCUUGAAGUCGUGGGUUUGAUAUCUGCCUGUGGGAGCCGUGGAACUUGCUUGGUCAUUCGUUGACAUCUGUCGCUGGUCGAAUAGGAGAUUCUGCUGUCUGCAUAUUGCUUGCUAAGGGUUGUUGCUGGUAAACUGUAGAUAAUAAUAAAUAGUUUGGUAGACACUGAAGAGCAGGGAUGGGGGUAUAUAAUGGUACCAAGGCAGCUGCUCCCAUAGCAUGGAGUGCACGACUUUAUAUCACUCUUGUAAGAGGACUCCCUGGGACAAGGAAGCUCCACAGACGAACUCUUCAGGCUAUUGGACUUCGAAAGUGCCACCACACUGUAGUCAAGGACAAUACACCUUCAAUUAGAGGCAUGAUUAAUCAGGUAAAGAGGCUUCUUGCAGUAGAAACUGAAGAAAUGUACAAUGCUAGAUUGCAGAGAGAAGCCUCAUUGCGAGCUCUUAGGUCUCCUAUUGUGGUCCAACAUUCUUAUCCUUCUCAUUCAAUUCCCCAGCAAUCCAAGCAAACCUAAGGGGAAGCUUGAAUCAUGGGAAGCUAGUUCUAGGUUUUAUGAGGUAGAUAAUUGAGGCAUUGAACUUCUGGAUAACAUACUUUUGUCCUGUCUUAUGUGGAGGCGCACCAUAUGGUUAAAGAUAGUAUAGUAAUUUUAAGUCCAGAUAUAGUUUAUCUCUGAGGGUGCUAAACCUAAGAUUUUUUUCUUAAAUUGAGAAAUUAUAAAAAUUUUCCUUGGUUUC